AUGAAAAAAAAUACUCAAAAAAUAAUAAAUCAACUUCCAAUUGGAAAAUUUCAAGAUGUAAAAAAAGAUAUAGUACCAGUAGACCGAACAAAAUCCAGAUUUCAAGAGGAUGUAACUAUACCUGAGAAAUUUAGAGCAAAAUUAGCUACUGAAAAUACUUUUCUUUUUACUUCAGAAUCUGUCGGUGAAGGUCAUCCUGAUAAAAUAUGCGACCAAGUAUCCGAUGCAAUCCUAGAUGCUUGCUUAAAAGUUGACCCUUUUUCCAAAGUUGCUUGCGAGACAGCAACAAAAACUGGGCUUGUUUUUGUAUUUGGUGAAAUUAGUACUUCUGCCUCUCUUGACUAUCAACGAAUAAUACGUGAUACUAUUAAACGUAUAGGUUAUGAUGAUUCUUCAAAAGGUUUCGAUUAUAAAACUUGUAAUAUUUUGGUGGCAAUUGAACAACAAUCACCUGAUAUUGCUCAAGGCCUUGUCCGACAAGGUCAAAAUCUCGAAGAUAUCGGUGCUGGUGAUCAAGGCAUUAUGUUUGGAUACGCAACUGAUGAAACUCCCGAAUUAAUGCCACUCACAAUUACACUUGCACAUAAAUUGAAUAAAAGAAUGUCUGAUCUUCGUAGAAAUGGCAAUUCUUGGAUUAGACCAGAUUCUAAAACACAAGUUACUGUACGUUAUAAAAAUGACAAUGGAGCUUUAAUCCCCCUUGAAGUUGAUACAAUUGUUAUCUCUAUACAACAUUCACCUGACAUUACUUUAGAAGAUUUGCAACAACAAUUAAAUGAACAUGUUAUCAAACCCGUUAUACCUGCAAAAUAUCUUACCGAAAAAACUGUUUAUCAUUUACAGCCAUCUGGAAAAUUCAUUAUUGGUGGUCCUCAAGGUGAUGCUGGAUUAACGGGACGUAAAAUCAUUGUUGAUACGUAUGGGGGACAUGGUGCACAUGGCGGUGGUGCAUUUUCUGGAAAAGAUUGGUCUAAAGUAGAUCGUUCUGCUGCAUAUACAGCUCGAUGGAUUGCCAAAUCUAUUGUAAAUGCUAAACUUGCACGUCGUGCCCUUGUGCAACUUUCUUACGCAAUUGGAGUUGCAGAGCCACUUUCAAUCUUUGUUGAUACCUAUGGAACAUCAACUAAAACUGACAAGGAACUGUUGGACAUCAUUAAAAAGAAUUUCGAUUUAAGACCAGGUGUUAUUGUGCAAGAAUUGGGUCUCCAUAAACCAAAUGGUUGGUCUUAUGAACAAACUGCUUCAUAUGGACAUUUUGGUCGUGAUGAGUUCCCAUGGGAAAAACCAAAGGAAUUGAAAUUAUAA